CUUCCAGCCAAUGAAAGCGGGGCGGAGGAGAGCUCGGUGUUCUUACGUCUAAGAUUCAACAAUGGUUUUCUUCAAGGUGUUAAGGGCGUCCGUUCAGACUGGACUGAGGUUCCAGGGUACCAGUGCCAGGGCAGCCACCAGUACCCUGAAAACAGCGCAGGGAGGAUUUAGGUUUGAGCUUACAGACCAACAAAAGGAGUUCCAGGAAGUGGCAAGAAAGUUUGCCAGGGAAGAAAUCAUUCCUGCUGCACCAAGCUAUGACAAAAGUGGCGAAUAUCCGGUUGCACUCAUCAAGAGGGCUUGGGAGCUUGGUCUAAUAAAUAGCCACAUUCCCGAAAGCUGCGGUGGAAUGGGCCUGGGUAUAUUUGAUGCCUGCCUCAUAACAGAAGAACUGGCCUAUGGCUGCACUGGAGUCCAGACAGCGAUUGAAGCAAAUUCUCUGGGGCAAAUGCCAGUCAUUAUAGCAGGCAAUGACAUGCAAAAGAAGAAAUACCUGGGAAGAAUGACAGAAGAACCUCUGAUGUGUGCAUACUGUGUGACAGAGCCAGGUGCGGGCUCUGAUGUGGCUGGGAUCAAAACCCGUGCCGAGAAAAAGGGCGACGAGUAUGUUGUUAACGGACAAAAGAUGUGGAUUACAAAUGGAGGGAAAGCCAACUGGUACUUUCUCUUGGCACGAACAGAUCCUGAUCCCAAGUGCCCUGCUAGCAAGGCAUUCACCGGCUUUAUCGUGGAUGCUGACACCCCAGGAGUUCAAAUGGGCAGAAAGGAAAUGAAUAUGGGCCAGAGGUGUUCAGACACCCGGGGAAUCACUUUCGAGGAUGUCAGAAUACCAAAAGAGAAUGUUCUGAUUGGUGAAGGUGCUGGAUUUAAAAUAGCCAUGGGUGCUUUCGAUAAAACCCGUCCACCGGUGGCUGCAGGGGCAACAGGGCUAGCACAGAGAGCACUUGAUGAAGCAACAAAAUAUUCCCUGGAGAGGAAGACCUUUGGAAGGCUAAUCUCAGAUCACCAGGCAGUUGCAUUCUUGCUGGCAGAGAUGGCAAUAAAAGUGGAGCUGGCCAGGCUGGCUUACCAGCGGGCUGCAUGGGAGGUGGACGAGGGCCGCAGGAACACAUACUAUGCUUCCAUUGCCAAAGCUUUUGCUGGUGAUAUUGCCAAUCAAGUUGCCAGUGAUGCUGUUCAAGUCUUUGGUGGAAAUGGGUACAACAGUGAAUAUCCAGUGGAGAAGUUGAUGAGGGAUGCAAAAAUCUACCAGAUCUAUGAGGGCACUGCUCAGAUCCAACGAUUGAUCAUUUCACGUGAACAUCUUGUGAAAUUCAAGAACUGAAAUGAAAACAAACCACCUUCACUGGAUAACUUCGUGAUCAACAUUUAUCUUACUAUGCUAAAUAUGAAUGGUUUUUGUGAAUGCUGUUCAGACUUCUCAUAUACAAUGAAUUGUUACCUUUUACUGUAUUCACGUACAUGACUAUGUAAAGCGCUGGGGUUACGUGCCUGCCCCUGUCAUAGAUCAGCAAAGGCGGGUUAUUUCAGCAUAGUCUCAUUCUUAGUAACAUUGGGCCGACUCAAAACAGUGCCAGAGCCCAUCUGUAAAUGUUUGCCUGACUUGUGAAUGCAGCAUUGCACUUCUCGCAUCAGUGUGCCUUGUUCUUUUGAAAAUUUUCAGAAUGUUAUUUUGUCAAAAUAGCAUUUUUAAAGAAAUGGAAAAAUACUGAUGGAGUUCUGUUUUCUAAUGCUAAAUAUCUCAACAAUUAACAUCUUGGAAGAGGAGAAA